AGUAGUAGUCAUAAAUUUUGAGUUAGCAUACCUAUUGGCUUUCUGUCAUAUGAGGCACAUAAGCUAACAUUCUUAUACUUUCAGUAUUUUCUUUUCAAAAAUAACUUACUCUUUUUGAAAAGUGAUUAAUGUAUUUGUUACCAUAAAAGGCUUGAUAAAUUAGGGAAUGGUCAAGUCAUUUUUUUCCCUGAUUUUUUACAUAUUGGAGCACUGAGAAAUAAGAACGCUUGUUUAUUGAAAUAAAUGAUGAUAUCCUUUCACUUUUUUGUGCCAAGCACUUUACAUGACCAUCUCAUUCAAUUUUGCCGACGACUUUGAAAAGUUUAUCACUUUACAGACUUAAAAAAAAAAGCCUCUGAGAUCUGAGAGGUUGAGAAAUUUGUCUGUGGGCUCACAGCCAGUAACUGCCGGAAUUAGGAUGCAAAUCCAAGGUGAUCCAGUUUCAGGGAUCACUUACCAUGCUUCCUAGCUGCUGCAUUUGUUGUACCAUAAUGUAAGGACAUUCCUAAAAUAAGUUCUCUGUGGUUAGUCUUGAGGAAUUUAUGGUUUAGUGGAUCUAUUUUCCCUUCUAGGGAAACUAGGAAAAGGUCUUGGGCACAAAUGUAUGGCCCAGUCAGCGUAUUUGGGGGUUUUGGGGUUUGAAAUAACUGAAUGGGAACCUGUAUUAGUGUUGUCUUUUCACUUUAACAUUGUUUGCCCAUCUAACAUCUACAGACUGGCUCUUGGUUUUUUUCAUUCAUAACCCAUUUAAUGAUUGUAACUUAGGAUUGAGAUAGAAAUGACAUUUUAGGAUGUUUCCAUAUUACUUUGUUUGCUAGGUACUGUUAAAUGAAUAUUUCUAUUUAGAAACAAUGUUAUAGUAAGUGAUUAGGCCUCUAGUCUUUAAAACAUUAACCCAUAGUAUAGUCGAACUAGAAUACAGAUACAGCUUUUCCAGUAUCUCAGACACAGAAGUAUAGUAUGUUUUUAAUGGAAAAAGUUAGAAUGAAAAUUUUAAUUUGUAAGUUGGGAACUUAAUAGACUUUUGUUAUGAAAAAAAAUUUUUUUAAAUAUUUUCAAAAGUUUAUUAUUCUUCUGAAAGCCUGGAUUAAAGCAUAACUAAAGGAACCAAAUUCUGUGUGUUAGAAUGAUAGAUUUUUAAUAUCUAUACUCAUAUUAUCCUGAAAGUAGACAUGAUUUCUGGGGCAGGGACAGAUGAUUAUUAACUCAUAGCAAUAAUUGCGUCCAUUCCCCUUUACCCCAGUUCUUCCCUGCAGGGCAAUGUGAUGAGAGAUGAUGUCAUCCCAUGUGUACCAGGUCUACUGGGCAGGUGAGGAACCCCCAGAAUUAGGAAUCUAGGUGCUUACAUACACGCUGUCCACCUUUUCCUCCUGAAAGAGGGAGAGAAACCUUUGCUUUCUAAUGUAAACAAAUUCUCCUUAGGACCAGAAGGGGAAGGAUCUUACGUUUUUAAUCUUUGGAAUGUAAAUAAAUGUUCCUAGGGGGAAGAUCAGAGAAGUCUCAGAAUUUACAACCCUUGGAAUGUCUCCGUAGUCCAGGUUUCAUCCCCCUUGAAAUGUGAACACAUGCCUCUGGAGAGCAAUGUCUCAGGCUGUGCAGACAAAUGGAACUCAACCGUUAAGUAAAACAUGGGAACUUAGUUUGUAUGAAUUACAACGAACACCUCAGGAGGCAAUAACGGACGGUCUGGAAAUCGUGGUUUCGCCUCGGAGUCUGCACAGUGAGCUGAUGUGCCCGAUUUGUUUGGACAUGCUGAAGAACACCAUGACCACAAAGGAGUGUCUGCACCGCUUCUGUGCGGACUGCAUCAUCACAGCCCUCAGAAGUGGCAACAAAGAAUGUCCUACCUGUCGGAAAAAGCUAGUUUCCAAAAGAUCACUAAGGCCAGACCCAAACUUUGAUGCCCUCAUCAGCAAAAUUUAUCCAAGUCGUGAUGAGUAUGAAGCUCACCAGGAGAGAGUAUUAGCCAGGAUCAACAAGCACAACAAUCAGCAAGCACUCAGUCACAGCAUUGAGGAAGGACUGAAGAUACAGGCCAUGAACAGACUACAGCGAGGCAAGAAACAGCAGAUUGAAAAUGGUAGUGGAGCAGAAGAUAAUGGUGACAGUUCCCACUGUAGUAACGCAUCCACACAUAGCAAUCAGGAAGCAGGACCUAGUAACAAACGGACCAAAACAUCUGAUGAUUCUGGGCUUGAGCUUGAUAAUAACAAUGCAGCAGUGGCAAUUGAUCCAGUCAUGGAUGGUGCUAGUGAAAUUGAGUUAGUAUUCAGGCCUCAUCCCACACUUAUGGAAAAAGAUGACAGUGCACAGACAAGAUACAUAAAGACUUCAGGUAAUGCCACUGUCGAUCACUUAUCCAAGUAUCUGGCUGUGAGGCUAGCUUUAGAAGAACUUCGAAGCAAAGGAGAAUCAAACCAGAUGAACCUUGAUACAGCUAGUGAGAAGCAGUAUACCAUUUACAUAGCAACAGCUAAUGGCCAGUUCACUGUAUUAAAUGGCUCUUUUUCUUUGGAAUUGGUCAGUGAGAAAUACUGGAAAGUGAACAAACCCAUGGAACUCUAUUAUGCACCCACAAAAGAGCACAAAUGAGCUUUUACUAAAAACAAUUCUGAGAAUGAACUUUUUAAUAGCCUAGUUCUUUAAUAUUAAAGAUGUACCAUCUUUACUUUUAUAGACAGACUCUUGGAUAUGCUGUUCAGUUUUCUUUCUGAGCCAGACCAGUUUACACUAUUAGAACCUUUCCCCCUUAAUUUAAUAUUUCCUUUUUGAAAGGGACUGCAGUUACUCAGUACUUUUUCUCUCCUUUAAAAAAUCUAAGUUGUGUUUUUUUCACAAAGUGUGGUUGCAUUUCAAGGACUCUUUUGACCCAGGAAUUUUUCAUACUUGUGUAUUUUAAAGUGGUAAUUCAGUUGGCCAUCCUUCUUCUGCCCCAAAGUUUUUUAGGCCUACAGAAUGUUAAAAUGUAUUCUGAAUUUUUUCCCUCCCCAGAGUCUUGUAUAUUUAUAGUUUUCUAUAUAAACAUAGUAUCUUCGUGAAGACCAAGACUCAAAUUUACUGUGCUUAAAAAAAUUCUCAUAGGAUUAUUAUUUUCAUGGUAUUUUCUUCCAUAAUAUCUUAUUUUAAAAAGAGGUUCUUUAUGAACUUAGUGUCCAUUGUCAUGCAACGUUACUUUUUUUUUCCAUUUUUUCUUGUAAUUAUUUUGGAGUCUCUGAUCCUGGGAAGAAUAAUCAAACAAAAUCUCAGGUUCUGUGAGAACUUGAUUCAUACACAUAUCUCACUGAAGAAAGGAAAGUUAAAUUGGUCGUCGGUAGUCUUCAAAUGUAUAUUUAAAGAGGUCUUUUUUUUUUUUGUUUGUUUGGUAUUAGUUCUGUUGUCACUUCAGUUUCUUUAUUAUGUGUGUUUGAUAUUUUUGCCUCUUGAAAUACCAGAGAGAUAUGGAGAUAUUUUGCACUUUAGCCUGAUGAAAAGUACAAAAUACGUUCAAAGCUUCCCUAACUCUUUUCUUAUUGGUAGCCACGUAAGUUCCAACUGUAAUGUGGCACAUAGAACUAACAAUGGAAAAAAAAGUUUGCUUCUGUAUGAAAAACGUGUUUAACAUUUUGGGUUGCUAAUGUCAGCUUAUAAAUUUGGUGCUCUGCUAAUUACACACUAGAGAAGGAGGUUCACAGAGCUUGAGUCCUGCCUUGGUGUGUAGUGAAAAAUAAUUUUGUAGAAGAAUGCCAGCUACUAACAUCAUUCUUCUCCUGUUGAUUUACUUUAAUACUUGAGGGGGUAGUGUUAGGUGUUUGGGAGCCGGAAGGCUUUAUUUUGACAGGUCACAAAUAAGAUGGACUUGUGUAUUACUUGUCAUCCCUGUCCUGAUUAUCUGUAUGUUUCCAAGUUUGUAUUCUCACAGUAUUUACAAAGACAUGUUUGCAUUAGAAAUUAACCCCCAAAGGGUUUUUGAUAGGAGGAAGUAGUCCUCCAGCACCAUUGUAACUAAAGCCUGUCUAGUCAUUGUAAAUAUUUAUCUGUCAAUUUUGACACCGUGGGGCCAGCUUGAUGUUUUAAAUCUUCAGCCCAGUAUGAAAACUUCAAAGACUUAUUAAAUUUUUUACCAUUUUAUUGAAGAUAUUUAAAAUCUGUUUUUACAGUUUUUUUGGUAAUCUAUACCACAAAAUUUCAAAAUCACCAAAAAUUACAGGAAAUUUUGUAUUCAAUUUCUUUUUUGGUGUAAUGUUAAAUUGUAUAGGUUAUUAAUGCAUGUCCACUGAAUAUAAUCCUGGUUUUGUGAUAUAACUGCUUACAUUUUAUUGGCAACAUAUUAGACUAGUGAUUGCAUUAAAUAACAAAUUCCCAUUGUGAUUAUUAACUGAAGUUUUGUCUUUAAACAAAUUAUUUGUGAAUAUAAGCUUUGUGCUUAGAGAACGUGUGCUUAUCUGUCAGUAUGGGAGGAUGAAAACUCUUUGUAUCAUUAGUGAAUUCAUUGGAUAUGUAAUCCUUUGCAGAAUAUAAUAUAGGUAUUUGAUAGAUCA